CUGCGUUUGACCCUGACCAAUGGAACGGAGGAGACCCGAAGCUGGCCAAUCAGGAACGGCACGAGGCAGGCUUGCGGGAGCCGAGUUCGGACCCGGGAAUUCCGAAGGCGGGUCCGCGCUGCCCGCGCGCAGAGGCCGCGCCCCCCCGGGCCCCGCGCCCUUGCUGUCAAACAGCUGCGGAGCGCCCGCCGGGCCGGAGCCCGAGUGUCCCGGACGCCGCACCGGUCGGCACUGCCUGCAGAGACCGUACCACGCGGUAGAUCCGACCCUGAGCUGGGCUGGGGUGGGCAGAAGGCUAGGUUUGCCUUGCAUCGUCUCGGGGAGCUGUUUCUCUCCACCCCACCCCGAGAAGCUGGGCAGAUAGCGUUUAGGUCCAGGGUCUUGGAAACGUAGGGACCCUUUUUCUCUGCCUUUUGGGGGUGACAGUAGAGUCACUUCCCACUGGGUUUCAACCUAACUAGCCAUGAGUGAGGGGUUGGCCAGAAGAGCGAGGCGCGGGCGAGCUGGAGGGCUGGCUACUCCCUUUGGAUAAGCGGGUCUGACAGGAAAAAGCUAUUUUCUCCAAAUGUCAUUGCGGCGAUAAGUUAGCAUUGCAGAAUUAGGAGCACACCAGUUUACAGUUCCCCGGAAGCUGCCUAAUGGUAUGUUGCUUCCAACAGAUUGAAGGCUCCCGGAAAUUCUGCGGCCCAAGGAUCCGGCUCAUCCAAGGUGUCACAGUGCCCCGAAUUUUUCCGCUUUUGGAGCUGCUUGCCAGCCAUUUUGCAUCGCGUGCCUAGGACCAUUGCAUUCUGGAUUGGCUCAAAGUUGGAAAUGCACAAAGCAUAACUCAAGCUUGCACCAGACAGAAAGUGAGCCUAGCCUACCGUGCAUGGAUCUCUGAAGUGGAAGAGGUGUGCAGCGCACCGCCUAUGCUGCCCUGCUUCCAGCUGCUGCGCAUUGGGGGCGGCAGGGGCGGCGACCUCUACACUUUCCACCCCCCAAGCGGAACUGGCUGCACCUAUCGUUUGGGCUGCAGGGCCGACCUGUGUGAUGUGGCCCUGCGGCCCCAACAGGAGCCCGGCUUCAUCUCGGGAGUCCAUGCAGAGUUGCACGCUGAGCGCCAGGGUGAUGACUGGAGGGUCAGCUUGGAGGACCACAGCAGCCAAGGGACUUUGGUCAACAAUGUCCGACUCCCUAGGGGUCACAGGCUGGAGCUGAGCGAUGGUGACCUUCUGACCUUUGGCCCUGAAAGGCCCCCAGAAACCGGCCCCUCGGAGUUCUACUUCAUGUUUCAGCAAGUCCGAGUCAAACCUCAGGAUUUCGCUGCCAUUACCAUCCCACGGUCUAGGGUAGAAGAGGGAACCGGGCUUGGCUUCCAGCCCAUGCUGCCUCCCCAGGGGGCUCCGCAGCGGCCCCUCAGCACCCUGUCCCCUGCACCAAAAGCCACGCUGAUCCUCAACUCCAUCGGCAGCCUCAGCAAGCUCCAGCCGCAGCCCCUCACCUUCUCCAGGAGCGGGGGUGGGCCACCGAGCCUGCCUGCCCGCACUCCCCUUGGGAAAGAGGGGACCACCCCUUCUGCCCCGACCCCAAGAAACCGAAGGAAAUCAGCUCACCGGGUGUUGGCAGAAUUGGAUGAUGAGGGAGAGGCUCCCGAGAGCCCCCCAGUCCUUAGAGAGCCCAGGAAGAGACUCUGUGUAGAGACGCCACCGACACCCAGUGGAAAUCAACGUGGGCGUCCUCCAAAGCACCCCGUGAACCCCGUGACUCCUCCUGUGGUUGGGGGCGGGGAGCCCUGUGCAGCCCCUUGUUGCUGCCUGCCCCAAGAAGAAACGGUGGCCUGGGUUCAGUGUGAUGGAUGUGACCUCUGGUUCCAUGUGGCCUGUGCUGGCUGCAGUAUCCAGGCUGCCAGGGAGGCUGACUUCCGGUGCCCAGGGUGUCACAUGGGCAUCCAGACCUAAGGCCCACCACCAAGGAGCCAGAUAGAGCUGGCCAUGGGUGGACACAGUGGGUCCUAAGAGAUGCUUCUUCUCUUGCCUCCCCAGGAGGGAAUGACUACAGAACAGGGCCCGUUGCUAUGGAUCCCAGGCCUGGAACAGGCCCUUCCGGACAAGGGGACAGAGAUGGCUUCCUGCCAAAGACAAUGCCUUCAGGAAUUGCCAUGAGCUGUAAAUUCCGUUACAAGUCAUAGAUCCUUACUUCAUGGACACUAG